GUAUUUGGUCAGCGGAGACCCUCAUUUAUACAUUUUUUAGAUGGUUUUAUUUGUAUACGCCAGAAAAUGGAUGCGAAACAUAUAUCAAAUUCUAAAGAAACAGACGAAGACAAGAUAGAACAGGCGGAAAGAUACAAAGCGGAGGGCAAUGAAUUGUUUAGAAAUGGUGAUUUCAAACCUGCAAUCAAAAAAUAUCAUUAUGGCUUAUUGUAUAUCAAAGGCAUCGGCGAAAAGCAUCCGGUUACAGGAGAGCAACAUAUUUUGACAAGUGAAUGGAAAUUACGUCACGAUCAAAUGAAGUUUGGUUGUUAUAAUAACCUAGCAGCUUGCUUGAUGAAAGAGAGAAAAUGGGAAAAAGUGAUAGAAUAUUCUAAUAAGGCUUUAGAAGUUCAACCAGAUAAUCUGAAAGCAUGGUUUCGAACUGCGCAAGCACACUUUCACUUGGGAAAUUUGGAUAAAGCACUGGAAGGGAUAAAAAAGGCUGAAAAGAUUGAGCCAACUGAUGUAAAUGUCAAAAAGUACCAUGUAAAAAUUGAGCAAGAACUGCGGAAAUAUAGAGACAAAGAAAAGGCAAUUUAUGCUGGAAUGUUCAAGUAAUGAGGAUAACAAUUUAAAUACAAAAUAUUUAUUACAAGCAUUGGGUAUUGAAAUGUUUUAGAUAUUGAAAUUUUUUAUAUUUUAUUGAAAGACAUUAAUGUAUCAAAAUUUCUUCAAUAUAAGUUAUUUGCAUGGAAUUUAUGUAACCUUAAAAGCCAAUCCUGCCAAAAA